AUGAUAACAGCACCAUUAAUACCGGCAUUGAGCGGACCAACAAUAUCAGGAAACGUGGUGGGACUUGGAGGAGCCGGCAUUGUCAGCGGAUGGAUAAGGGACGGAAUGGUCGCCGGCCGCGACAACGACAUCUACUGGACCGGCCAGACAACACGGGAUAAUGUCUCGAGGCACUACAACACAGCGGCUAUCACGACUCCGAUGGUUGACCAUGCUUCGGUCGCAGGAGAAGCCGACGAGGAACGAGAUGGGGAUGGGAAGCCGGGCGAUAUGACUCCCUUGCUCAGCACCCCCAGCACCUUUCUUCGACUUGGAAUCCCAACUCUCAGCGCCCGGGGCUCUCUCUUUCUCGGCUUCUUACAGCUCCUGUGGCAAGCCAUUGUCACUUGGAGCAUCCGUCACCGCAUCAGGGCGAUACUGUGGCUAAUUGCCAAAGCGCCCUUCAUCAUCCUCGGCGACCUAUGGAUCAACUUAUACGCCUUCGUGAACUACGACCCAUUUGCAAACCGAGAUUCAUCUCAUGCUUCUUCCCCAACCGGGGGACUCACCAAAUUUCAAAUCCUGUUUUGGGACUGGACAAAAUGGCUCAGAUGCGAUGCGAAGCCGUGGCUGGUGUCGGUAUGGGAGGAUGUCAGGGGUGUUUUCACGCGAGGAACAUCGUUCUUCAGCCGGAACACCAAGAAGAAGAGGAAGAAGUGGCGGAUUCCUGGGCCGACGUUGCAGGGGAUCGUGGCGGACACCAAGUCCCAGCUGGAGCGGGAAGAGGAGGAAAAGGCUGAAUUGGAAAGGCGCAGGAAGGAACAGGAAGCUGCAGCAGCUGACAAUGGCAACGGCGGAAGUAGUCGUCGGAAAGGAGGCCGUGGAAACGGUGGUAGAAAGCAAAAGAAAUGGUAA